UUUCCUCGCCGAAAAAAGGCGAAGUAGUUAAAGAAGAAAAGCUCAGCAAAAUGGCGGAUGAUGUUAGCAUGGAUGUCGAUCAGCUCGCUCAGCCCUCUACUUCAGGGGCYAGUACAAAAAAGCGUUUUGAAGUUAAAAAGUGGAACGCCGUUGCUUUGUGGGCAUGGGAUAUUGUUGUAGAUAACUGUGCUAUAUGUAGAAACCACAUCAUGGAUUUAUGUAUUGAAUGUCAAGCCAAUCAAGCAUCGGCAACAAGUGAAGAGUGCACAGUAGCAUGGGGAGUAUGUAAUCAUGCCUUUCACUUUCACUGUAUUUCAAGAUGGCUAAAAACCAGGCAAGUGUGCCCACUUGAUAACAGAGAAUGGGAAUUUCAAAAGUAUGGUCGCUAGUGAAAGUUCCUUUGCUACAUGUAUUCAAGUUAUUUUAUAAUAUCUAACUUUCCUGGUUGCAUAUUUGUAAAUAAACUCUUAGUAGUAUCAUGUAUUUGUUUAUUUUAUUUUUUCCAGUCUAAAAACAGUUGUUUAUUUGAAUUUGUUAUUUUUGGUAAUUUGUCCUAAUCUAAUAAAUGCCAAAACUACCCAUAA